AUGAACCUCGAAGUACCCUUCAUGGAAGAAGACUCGGAGACUGGGAGAGCUCUGGCUGUCGGUGGCAAGACGGAGAUUCGUGAAAUCCUGACCACGUGUCUGCACAACGACGGUCUGGCCCACAAGCAGGUCGUCAUGAACCCCAAGGCGAUUACGGACAGCCAGAUGUAUGGCUACAAAGACCCCAUCAGCGAGGAAUGGACGCCUGGCGUAUUUGCCUCCAUCUGGCAACGGUACAACAACCGUUCGCUGAAGUACACUACCUGGAUCGUGUGUGAUGGACCAGUUGAUGCCAUCUGGAUUGAGAAUCUCAACACUGUCCUGGAUGACAACAAGAUUCUCACCCUGGCAAACAACGAUCGAAUUCCGAUGACAGACAACUGCAAGAUCGUUUUCGAGGUUCAGGACCUGCGAAAUGCCUCGCCGGCCACAGUGUCACGUGCCGGCAUCAUCUACGUCUCAGCAAGUGACCUCGGUUGGCAGCCAAUCACUGAGGCUUGGAUGAACCGCCGGCCCGAGUUGAACAGCUCACGCCAGGCUGAAGUGGAGAUCUUGAAGCCGCUCUUCGACAGGUGGCUGAAGGCCAAGCCACCGAACUCGGGGGCUGCCGAAGACUUUUUCGAUUGGUGCAUGAGGACGCUGAAUCUCCUCUCUGCGUCGCUCAGAAGCUACGUGGAUGAGAAUGCAAUCCCGGCCGAGGACACGUAUCGGCGCAUUCUGGCCUGGUGCAUCAUGUGGGGGUUCGGAGGCCUUCUGGAGCCGGAGGCCCGAAAAGUGAUAUGGUCGAAGUUCGCCGAGAUUCUGGAGGAGGCCAAGCACAAGGAUGCGAUUCCACCCUGCGAAGAGGGCCAGACUAUCUUCGAAUGGGUGCCUGACUGGACUGACAAGUCGCGACCAUGGAAGAAGUGGGAGCCAGAGGAGUGGAAGCCACCAAAGAUCCUGAACUUCUCGGCCUUGCUCAUCCCCACCAUGGACUCCGUCCGAGCGGAGUACAUCCUUGACAUCAUCGCCAAGCAUGACGUCACUCGCACGCCGCCGUCGUUCAAGUCCUGCAUGAUGGUGGGUGCUCCGGGUACGGCAAAGACAUCGACGGCGCUGAUGUACAUCAGCAGGUUCUCGCAGGACACCAUGCUGUCCAAGCGACUGAACUUGAGCAGCGCGACGCAGCCUCUGGGUUUCCAGAAGAGCAUUGAGGCUGAGAUUGAGAGGAAGACGGGCAAGACCUUCUGUCCUCCGGGUGGGAAGAAGAUGACAGUGUUCAUCGAUGAUGCAGCGAUGCCCUUGGUGAACAAGUGGGGCGAUCAGAUCACCAAUGAGCUGGCACGUCAGUUGAUUGAGAUGUCGGGCUUCUACUUCCUGGACAAGGACAAACGUGGCGACUUCAAGAGCAUCGAAGGUUUGCAGUACAUCGGAGCCAUGGGACACCCAGGUGGCGGCAAGAACGACAUCCCGAACCGGUACAAGUCCAAGUUCAUGUGCUUCAACAUGGUCUUGCCCUCGACAGUGUCCGUGGACAACAUCUUCGGCAGCAUCAUGAAGUCCAAGUUUAGCACGAAGGCCGGUGCGAAACCCGAUGUCAUGGACUUGAGCAAGAAGCUGACCGGUGCCACGGUGGAUGUUUGGGAUCGCGUGAAGUCGAAGCUUCUCCCGACGCCGUUGCGAUUCCAUUACAUCUUCAACAUGCGCGACCUGAGUCGCGUGUUCCAGGGCAUCAUGGAGUGCCCCGUGAACAUCGUCACCACCCCUACCAUCCUGGUUGGGCUUUGGAAGCAUGAGUGCCAGCGUGUGUUUGCGGACAAGCUGUGCCGAGAUGUUGACAAGAAUCUGGUGGAGAAGACGCUGGCCGAGUUUAUGCCGGUCCACUUCGGAGAGCAGCUGGCCGCAGACAACAAGAACACUGAGUGGUUUGCCGACUUCUUGCGUGAGAUCGAGUACGACGAUGAGACCGGCGAGGAGAAAGGUGCACCGAAGAUCUACGAGCCGGCCGAGUGGGAGGCCGUCAAAGGCAAAGUAAUUGCAUUGGGCAUGCUUUUCGUCCGUGGCUUUAGCUAUCGAAGCUCUGCCCUUGCUUUUCAAUUCCCCUAUUCUCCGCCAAGUGCUCUCGGCAAGCGUCAGCACGUCACGCAAACUGUGGCGCGGCCUUACUCCAGAGGAGCUGCAGGUGUGAAGGGCCAAGAUAUAGAUGUGACAGAGCUGGCCAAGCUGAAGGAGAAGGAGGCGGAGGCUUCUGGUCAGACUCUCGACAGGCGACUGGGAAAGUUGCGCAAGCCUAAGGACUUCAUCCGGUACGCUGAGUCGCGUGGAGCUUCCAUCACAGCUACGGGAAGCGCUCGGAUGCGGAUCUCAAAAGAUGGCGUCUGGCACGAUGUUGCAGGCCAAGGGAGUGGCAAAGAUUUAAUGAGAAGUGAGCGGGAAAAGAUGAUCACCUCCUUCAAGGCCAUGGGAAUUGCCUUUGAAAGCAAGCGCUGCGACUCGGGCUACUGCUCCCUUCUCCCGCUCGCCCUGCCCCUCUUCCUCCUCAUCCUCCUCCUGGGCCUCCACAACCUCCCCUUCCUGGCACCUGUGCCGCCACUCUUCCCACUCCGCGCGAUGCAACUCGUCCUCUUCGACGAGGCCAUGCAGCACUUGAUGAAGAUCAACCGCUCCUGA